AUGAGUCAGAAAGGUUUGAUUUAUAGCUUUGUUGCGAAAGGAACUGUUGUUUUAGCGGAGCAUACAUCUUACUCUGGAAACUUCAGUACCAUUGCUGUCCAAUGCUUACAGAAGCUGCGUUCUAAUAGCAGCAAGUACACCUACUCGUGUGAUGGACACACCUUUAACUUCCUCAUUGACAUCGGAUUUGUUUUUCUUGUUGUCGCGGAUGAAUCAGUAGGGAGGAGUGUACCGUUUGUUUUUCUUGAGAGAGUAAAAGAUGACUUUAAACAGCGUUAUGGUGCAAGUAUUAGGAGUGAUGGCCCACACCCCCUUGCUGAUGACGAGGAUAGUGAUGAUGAGUUAUUUGAAGACCGAUUCAGCAUUGCAUACAAUCUUGACAGGGAAUUCGGGCCAAGGCUUAAGGACCACAUGGAAUAUUGUAUGAACCAUCCGGAUGAAAUGAGUAAGCUAUCCAAACUAAAGGCACAAAUUACGGAGGUCAAAGGGAUAAUGAUGGACAAUAUUGAGAGGGUUUUGGAUCGUGGUGAGAAGAUUGAACUACUUGUGGACAAAACAGAAAAUCUUCAGUUCCAGUAUGCGCCUGAAAGGGAAUGUGGUAAUCUGUGGUUAAUCUGCUUGAGGGAAUGUGUUCAGGCUGACAGCUUCCAAAGGCAGGGAAGGCAACUACGUCGUAAGAUGUGGCUGCAGAACCUUCAAAUGAAAGUGAUGGUUGGAGGAGCGUUACUUGCUGUAAUUGUCAUAUUGUGGCUUAUUGCUUGCAGAGGUUUCAAAUGUUGA